AGACGACAACGAAAAACGGUAGAAGGUGUGUCGACAAUGCUUAAUUGAGUAAUACGAUUGCGAGUUUACGCCCGCAGUACGUAACUCCACCCCCGACUUCCAUUUCUGAACUGAGGACACAGCACUCGCGAAGAGAAUCUUUUAGGUUAUGUAUAUUUCUUAAUGUAAAUAAACUGUAACGUUAGGCUCUCCGCUGAAACUUUGAUACACACACACACACAACUGAAGUAGCCUUUGCAAUUGUAGUUGGAACCCGUUCGGACAGAGGCUAGAGUCGAAGCUGGCCUUUUAUUUCACGUUUUAACUUUCCUAAGCGGCGGUUUCCGCCGUUUUUUUUCUUUCGCCCCACUCACUCUCCCGCUGUGUGAGUAGGGGCCUGUAACGUUGGUUUAAGCCACGAGGCGCGUCGGAUAAACCGGAAUUGGGAGAUGGCGGAGUUCGGUAACGGAAUGGACUCGGGCAUAACGGAAGAAUCCCUGCUGGACUCAGACCCAGGGCACCCAGAACUAGAAGACCCGGGUGUUGGCGAUGAGGAACCUGGAUUAGAGGAGGGAGAGGCCGCGAUCGAGGACCCGGAGCUGGAGGCGAUCAAAGCUCGGGUGCGAGAGAUGGAGGAGGAAGCAGAAAAGCUGAAGGAGUUACAGAACGAGGUGGAGAAACAGAUGAAUCUUAGCCCUCCACCAGCCGGUCCCGUCAUCAUGUCCAUCGAGGAGAAAAUGGAAGCUGACGCAAGAUCUAUCUAUGUUGGAAAUGUUGAUUACGGCGCCACGGCGGAGGAGCUAGAAGCCCACUUUCACGGUUGCGGCUCCGUCAACAGAGUCACCAUCCUGUGUGACAAGUUCACAGGGCAUCCCAAAGGAUUUGCCUAUAUCGAGUUUUCAGACAAGGAGUCUGUGAGGACGGCCAUGGCAUUGGACGAGUCUCUGUUCAGAGGAAGGCAGAUUAAGGUGGGUGUGAAGAGAACAAACAGGCCAGGUAUCAGCACCACAGACCGCGGGUUUCCUCGGGCCCGCUUCCGCUCACGAGGAGGGAACUUUAACCCGUCACGUGCACGUUACUACAGUGGCUACACACCGCCCAGAGGCAGAGGACGGGCCUUCAGGGGCCGAGGGCGAACAACAUCGUGGUAUUCCCCUUACUAAUACCCCCAAACACCCUUACUAUCACCUCCUUGUCCCCAUACAAAAAAAGAAUGAAAAAAGUCCCCCAAUAAAGGAAGGAAUCCUGAGAAGAAAAAAGACCCCAAAAAAAAGACAAAAAAUAUAUAUAAAUAUAUCCUGGACAGACAAACUGGCCGCAGUGUGCGAUUGUGUGUGAGCGUGCGUGUGCGGAGUUGGUGCGGUCACCCUGGUAAGGUAUAUGAUGGCCGUUGGGGAGAUUUGGUGGCAUUUCUUUUGAGAAGAUGUUAUCUCAGGCUGCAGAUGUGUCUCCUUUGUCUGGGUGUGAGGGUCACAGCCAACACAGCCCCCAAAUGCUUACAUUUGAAAAGCAAACAUCGAGGAUAAGUCAAUCUUUUUUGCUUUUUUUUAUGUACCGUACAUGUGAAACUUCCAAUAGCAAAAAUGUUGUUUAUUUUUUAGGUUGUGGUAUUGGAGUUCUCAUAUUCCCUUGUCUCUCUGACCAGUUGCCACUUACCCUGCCCCAUCCUUUAACUCAUCACUUUUGUUACCAUUUCCCUUUGGUUCCAUCCCAUGCUCUCUUGUUUUCAGUAUCUGACAGCGAUUGCCUUUCAGUGGGUAAAAAAAAUAAAUGUAAUCUCCUUUUAGCCCAUGGCAUUCACCCCAAGAAAGCAUGGCCAGAGCUCUGCCAACUUUA